CAAGUUUCAAACUUUUUAAAAUCCUCAUGGCUUAUUCAAAAGUAGAAAUUAUUCAUAAAUAUUUUGUUGUACCUUUCAUGAUAAACAUUUUGAUGUUCAUGACCCUUGUGUCUUCAAGACCAUUGCUAACCAACAUCAAACUCUCAUCACCUCCAAACCGAACCACAGAGAAUAAUCUUUGUACCGACACUCUUUGUAUGAAAACCGCUUCUUCUGACUAUGGUAAACUCACUCAAGAACUCCCUUUUGGUGUGCUUCAACCUUUGUCGGUUUCCGAUAUCGUCCGCCUUGUGAAUAAUUCGUACACCUCGUCUUCUCCGUUCGCUAUCUCCGCGCGUGGCAAUGGCCAUUCGGUUAGGGGUCAGGCCAUGGCCAAGGAUGGGGUGGUGGUGGAUAUGUCAAGUUUGAAUAAAAAUAAUAAUAAUAAUAGUAAUACUGGGAUUAGGGUUUCUGGGAACUCUUCUUUAGGGUUUUAUGCAGAUGUUGGAGGUGAGCAGUUAUGGAUAGAUGUCUUGCAAGCUACGUUAUUGCAUGGACUUGCACCGGUUUCAUGGACGGAUUACUUGUACCUCACGGUUGGUGGAACACUCUCUAAUGCUGGGAUUAGUGGACAAACAUCUUUUCAUGGGCCUCAAGUUAGCAAUGUUCUUGAAAUGGAUGUCAUUACUGGGAAAGGUGAUUUGAUAACUUGUUCCAAGGACAUGAAUUCUGAUCUCUUUUAUGCUGUUCUUGGAGGACUUGGCCAGUUUGGGAUCAUAACUAGGGCAAGGAUUGUUCUAGACAAGGCACCCAAUAGGGUGAAAUGGUUUAAAAUAAUUUACGACGAUUUUGCUAAGUUCACAAAGGAUCAAGAACGUCUGAUAUCCGUUGAUGGGUUUGAUUAUGUAGAAGGCUCUUUGAUCUUGAAAAAUAGUCCUGCAGACAACUUUUUCUCACCUUCUAAUGAAUCCGUAAUAAGUUCUUUAGCUUCCGAAAAAGGGAUUUUAUACUGCUUAGAAGCAGUCAAGUAUUACAAUGAUCAAAUCAUAAACACCAUUGAUGAGGAACUUCAAGUGAUAUUCAAGGUAGUGAACAUCAACUCUGGACUCAUUUUCACCAAAGAUGCAACUCUUUUCGAUUUUCUGAAUCGAGUAAGAGACGAAGAGAUCCUACUUCAAUCGUUAGGGCUAUGGGAAGUCCCUCAUCCGUGGCUAAAUCUCUUCGUGCCAAGAUCAAGAAUAUCGGAUUUUAAUCAAGGUGUUUUGGUUGAUAUUAUAUCGAAAGAAAGCUUGACUACAGGACCAUUUCUUAUCUACCCAAUUAACCGAAAAGGGUGGGAUGCUAGAAUGUCAGUUGCUAUACCCGAAGAAGAUGACAAUAUGUUCUACACCGUCGCGCUCCUGAACUCUGCUGGACCCACCGUUGAUCCGAGUGUUAUCGACAACCAAAAUAAUAGGAUCUUAGAAUUUUGUAACAAAGCUGGGAUGAACAUCAAACAAUACUUACCACAUUACACAAAGAAAGAAGAAUGGAUGAAGCAUUUUGGCGCGAAAUGGAGUGUGUUUAAGGAGAUGAAAGAUAAGUUUGAUCCAAAAAUGAUAUUAUCUCCUGGACAAAGAAUUUUUAACUCAGACUAAAGUUUUUAUUUGUUUGCUUAAAUAUGUUAUUGUAGGACUAAUAGACAUACUGAUAUUGUGUGCUAAGAUUUAAGUAUAAAAGUAAUAUUAAAUAGGUAACUCACUAAAGUACUUUUGUAUGUUUUAAUACCAUAUGUAAAAUAUAAGUUGUGAAUAAAAGUAUGCUUUUUGUUUCAA